AUGACUUGUUGUAGUAGAUUAAAUUAUCUUCUAUUUAUACAUUUUUGUUUAGGUAACUUAACUGGUCAUGAUGAAAAGGUUGGACCGGAAAAUUUUGAAUUAUUAAAAGUACUGGGCACAGGAGCCUAUGCUAAGGUCUUUCUAGUCAAGAAAAGGACUGGUUUCGAUACCGGGAAACUCUUUGCAAUGAAAGUCUUAAAAAAGGCCACAAUUAUUCAAAAAGCAAAGACUACAGAGCGUACGAUGACAGAGCGUAGUAUAUUAGAAGCAGUCCGUGAAUCACCAUUCAUAGUUACACUCCACUACGCUUAUCAAACAGACUCUAAACUACAUCUCAUUUUAGAUUAUGUUAGCGGAGGAGAAUUAUUUACUCACCUUGCUCAAAGGGAAUAUUUUAAAGAAUCAGAAGUUAAAUUCUAUAUUGGAGAAAUUACGUUAGCAAUUGAACAUUUACAUAAGUUAGGAAUAAUUUACAGGGAUCUAAAGCUCGAGAACGUUCUACUAGAUAGAGAUGGCCAUGUUAUCUUGACAGAUUUUGGUUUAAGUAAAGAAUUUGUGAAUGUAGAUAGUAACAAUCGCACGUAUUCUUAUUGUGGUACUAUGGAAUACAUGGCUCCAGAAGUUGUUAGGGGAGAUCGUCAAGGCCAUAAUGAGACUGUAGACUGGUGGAGCCUAGGAGUGCUGACGUACGAACUUCUCACUGGGGCUUCUCCGUUUACUACUGAUGAUGAUGCAAAUUCGCACUCUGCUAUUGCUAAGAGAAUAUUAGAAACUAGCCCAAUCUUACCGAUGUUAUUCUCAAAGGAGGCUAAAAGUUUCAUUUCCGGUCUACUGAAAAAGAAUCCUAAAUUCAGAUUAGGAUCUGGUAAAAAUGGUGCUGAAGAGAUCAAGUCUCACGCAUUCUUCAAGGGUAUCGAUAUGAAUGCACUUAAAAAUAAAAGAAUCACCCCACCGUUUCGGCCACCAAUUAAUGGUGAAUUGGACGUUAGCAAUUUCUCGAGUGAUUUUACCGACUUAACUCCAGUAGACUCACCAUCUCAACCAGUCAAAUCUACUGGAUUGUUUAAGGGUUACUCCUUUGUGUCACCUGCUAUAUUAUUUGGACACAGCAUGUUCUUGAAUGAAGAUAUAUUUGCUAUUAAUCAACGAUCCCAAACGAUGCCUACUGAACUUAAGAACUCACAAUUCCAUAAAGUAUAUCAACUCGGCAGUUUAUUAGGAAAUGGUAGUUUUUCUACAGUCAGAAAAUGCACCCAUAAAGAAACUGGUAAAGAAUUUGCCGUUAAAAUUGUCAGCAGGAGAUUAAAUACCACUAGAGAAGAGCAGAUUCUGAAGUUGCUUCAAAGCCACGAACAUAUCGUUACGUUGCACGAUAUAAAGCGGGAUAGCUUUCAUACUUAUUUAGUUUUUGAACUACUACGCGGAGGAGAACUACUUCAGAGGAUAAGAAAGAAGAAAAAUUUUGACGAAAAAGAAGCUAGUCGGCUAAUGCGACAAUUGAUAUCUGCGGUUCAAUUUAUGCAUAAGAGACGAAUCGUGCAUCGCGAUCUGAAGCCUGAAAAUAUAUUAUUUGUAAGCCCUAAUGAAGAAAGCUCAAUAAAGAUUAUAGAUUUUGGAUUUGCACGAAAGAAGGUAGAAAACCAGCCUUUAAAAACACCAUGCUUUAGCUUACCCUGCGCUGCCCCAGAAGUACUACUACAGGAUUUACCUGAUUAUGGUUAUCACGAAGCUUGCGAUCUAUGGAGUUUAGGUGUUAUUAUGUAUAUCAUGCUAUCUGGAAGGGUACCUUUUCACCAUAUCAGUAGCGCUCGCAAUAUCGUUCGUGAAACAAUAGAAAAGAUAACAUCUGGUAAUUUUACUUUCGAUGGUCCAGAAUGGAAAACCGUCUCAGAUUCUGCAAAAUCCCUAAUAGGAGGUUUGCUAACAGUUGACCCUAUGAAAAGGUUAACUAUUGAUGCUGUUAUUGAGCACGAUUGGUUUAAGAAGCACACUUCCCGUUUAGCACCCUUAAUGACACCAGAGAAUCUAGACUCAUCCUUUAGCUCCGUCGAUUUUGCAAUGCAUGCAACAAUGGAUGCUUUUCACCAAGCCUUGAAAAGUGGUUUUUCGUUAAUGGACGUUGGUAGUGCCCCUCUUGCGAAGAGAAGAAAAUUGAAAAAGCACGAUAAUGGUCUUUCAGAGCGAAACAGUAGUAGUAGUAGCAAUUGA